UCUUCGCCGGCAGAGAUUUUUCAACAAAUCUUCUCUCUUCAUAUUCUUCGAUCUUCAUCUACUACUUCUGAUACACAUUGUUGAUCGAAUCCGCUGAUCAGAGAAAAAUGGGAUUCGAGAAGAUCAAGGUCGCCAAUCCCAUCGUUGAGAUGGACGGAGAUGAAAUGACCAGAAUUUUCUGGAAAUCAAUUAAGGAUAAGCUCAUCUUCCCAUUUCUUGAUUUGGAUAUUAAGUACUUUGACCUUGGCCUUCCCUACCGUGAUGAAACUGAUGACAAAGUAACUGUUGAAGCUGCAGAAGCUACUCUUAAAUAUAAUGUGGCUAUCAAGUGUGCUACGAUCACACCUGAUGAAGAUCGUGUAAAAGAGUUUAGUUUGAAGCAGAUGUGGAAGAGUCCAAAUGGGACAAUUAGAAACAUUCUGAAUGGAACGGUAUUCAGAGAACCAAUUAUCUGCAAAAACAUCCCCAGGCUGAUCCCAGGAUGGACAAAACCAAUAUGCAUUGGAAGACAUGCUUUUGGAGAUCAAUAUAAGGCAACUGAUGCAGUCAUUAAAGGAGCAGGAAAGCUUACGAUGGUGUUCGUGCCUGAGGGGAAAGAUGAGAAAAUUGAGCUGGAAGUUUACAAAUUCACUGGUGCUGGAGGAGUAGCUUUGUCAAUGUACAACACUGAUGAGUCUAUUUAUUCAUUUGCUGAGGCUUCAAUGAACAUGGCUCAUCAGAAAAAGUGGCCACUUUAUCUCAGCACAAAGAAUACUAUCCUUAAGAAAUAUGAUGGAAGAUUCAAGGACAUAUUUCAGGAGGUUUAUGAAGCCAAGUGGAAGUCAAAGUUUGAGUCUGCUGGCUUAUGGUAUGAACACCGCCUUAUCGAUGAUAUGGUGGCUUAUGCUCUUAAAAGUGAUGGAGGUUAUGUCUGGGCAUGCAAGAACUAUGAUGGUGAUGUGCAGAGUGAUUGCUUAGCACAAGGAUUUGGGUCUCUUGGUCUGAUGACUUCUGUCUUGAUCUGCCCUGACGGUAAGACCAUUGAAGCUGAGGCUGCCCAUGGUACAGUUACUCGCCAUUAUAGAGUUCAUCAAAAAGGAGGUGAAACUAGCACAAACAGUAUAGCAUCAAUCUUUGCAUGGUCCCAGGGUCUUGCACACAGGGCAAAGUUGGAUGAUGAUGCCAGACUGUUGGAUUUCACUGAGAAGCUUGAAGCAGCUUGUGUUGGAGCUGUGGAAUCUGGGAAGAUGACCAAGGAUCUUGCACUCCUCAUUCAUGGCUCCAAGGUGACAAGGGACCAGUAUCUAAACACUGAAGAAUUCAUUGAUGCUGUUGCUUCUGAGUUGAAGGCCAGGCUUUCUUAUGAAGAAGCAUAACU